AUGCCCGAGGAGCAUGCAGCCGACGGCUUCGAGAACGACGACGCGGCGCGCGCGGACGCCGCCCGCGCCGACUCGUCGGCCGCGAUUCGCGGGUUCGGGUGCGGGCUCGAGACGGUCCCGCUCAUCUUCACGCACGUCGGGAAAACGGGCGGCCGCACGAUUCGUAAGAACAUCGCGCUCGGCGGCAACAAGCGGAAAAAAAACAACCUCUUCUCCUGGAAGAAAGAUAGCUCGUUCUACCCGCUCGCGUCGGGCGAGCACGCGGAGUUCUGCUCGAGCUGCGAGCCGAGCUUCUGCGCCCGCGGGCGCGGGAGUUGCGGCGAUGGCAUGGCCCACUCUGGCAUGAGAUCGUGCAACGCGAGGGGCCGCGUCGAUCCGCCGCGCGCGGACUCUGCGUCGACGCCGCUGGGCCAGGCGAUCGCCUGCGCGAACGCGCGGCCCGACGGCCCGUGCGCCGCGAGCGGCUCGCGGUGCCUCCGAGUCUACACGGGCCACAACUACCUCGGCACGGAGCUGCACUGGCUGCCUCCCAAGAUGCUCGCGAGCUGGUGGCGCGCGUGGGCGCCGGAGUGGGCGCCCGCGCGGCCGCGGGCGCGCGCCGAGCUCGGCAGGCUCAUCGACGAACUCGGCGAAGGUCGAUGCCGCGCGGUCGCGCGCGUCACGCUCGUCCGGGAAGUGCACUCCUGGCUCGCGUCCAAGUGGUCGUGGCACGUGAAGGCGCUGCCCGAGGGCGCGCUCAAAAACUCCCUCAUGAUGGAGCGAUGCGAAGAUUUCGACUUUUUUGACACCUUCGCCGCCACCGUCGCGGAGACGUUCGUCCUGUACUUUUGCGGAGAGGACUGCGUCGUCCGGCGGACCUUGGGCCUCGCGCCCGUCGCCGCGGUCUUGGAGCUCCAGGCGGCGGGGAACCUGAGGCAGAGCUACGCCGUCGUGGGCAUCUUCCCCCGCUACGACGACUUUUUCCAGAUGAUCGGCGCGCGCUUCUCCUACUUCGACGCCACUUUGGUCGAGAAGCUCGACCGGCCGCCCGAGGCCAGAGACGGGGGGCUGGCGCGGAGCUACAACGCCACCUGCGAUGCGCUCCGAGACGCCGACUUCCAACGGCGGCUGGGCGAUCGCGUGCCGGCGGUGGCCGCCGCGCGGCGCGUCUACGACGUCGCGGUCGAGGUCAACGCCGCGCAGCGCGCGGAGCUGGCGGCCUGCCCGAAGAAGCCCGCGGCGGAGAAGCCCGCGGCCAAGAAGCCCGCCGGCGGGGCGCGCAAGCGGCGGCCCCUGCCCUACGACGCGCAGGGGAAGCCCGCGGCCAAGAAGCCCGCGGCGAAGAAGCCCGCGGCGAAGAAGCCCGCGGCCAAGAAGCCCGCGGCCAAGAAGCCCGCGGCCAAUGCUGGGAACUUGAUCGCAAAGAUUUCGGAACUGAAUGAUCUCCUGACGGCCGGGGCUAUUACCCAGAGCGAAUUCGAUACUCUCAAACGAAAUUUGCUGUCGUCUCCGCGAUGA